AUUUCGAGCGCUCACUCACCAGUCACAGUUGGCACCGCUUGCCUCGUUUCGUCAUUGCUCUUAUCGCUCCGCGUGGUACAUUUUUUUCAUCGUCGUCGUCGUUACCGUCGCCGCCGUUACCACCGCUGCCGACAUUACCGAUACCGGCCAUCACUCGAUAUUAAAUUAUAAUAACAAUAUUAUUAUUCAAUAUUUAGUAAUUAUAAAUUGAUAUAUUACGCUACGAUGUUACGCAUGUUGCGUGCAACUGAUAAUCAAAACGUUUACGCAAAUAUCGCUUCUUUAUUUUAUAUGUAAAAAUAAUACAUUUAUAUAUACACUAUCUAUAUAUAACGAUAUUUAUAUAUAUACGAUUAUUUUAAAUAUAUAUGUAUAUUAUGACUAUUUUACUGUGAGUUUCAAAAAGCCGGUACACGUUUAAUUUCAAUACUCGUUAUACGCGAAUAUUUAUAUAAAUAUAAAAAAUGACUGCCGUUGUCAGCGUACCAGCAAACGAAGGGAUAAGCGUUAAAAAUGAACGGGAUGACCCUGAAAUCAACGCUAUGGCUCUUAAGAUCAAAGAAAAUAUGCAAAAAACAGCUGCAGCAGCUUCGUCGAAACCAGCUGGUACUCCUAACAAUGUCUAUAUAAACAGAGCAGGUAGACCGGUUCCCAUUAUAACUAUACCAAAUGCUGUGGUCAACGCUACUCCAAAAGAUGUAUGUAGCGAAGAUGAACAAAGCGUUAAGGGUAGAUUUGGUUGGAAGAAAAUCGGUGAUACAUGCUACGUUCCUUACAUCUUACGUGUUAUCGAUAACGAAUACUUGAAAUUUGUAUCCGUACGAAUUGCUGAAACGCAAUUACUAAGCAAAUAUCUCAACUAUUUACAUGCAGACAUAUACACUUGUACUUCAGUCAAGAGUCAUUUCAUAACAGAAUGUGAAGCAAAAUUGCUAAACGAGAUUAACCAAAAGCACUGUGAUUUAUUGUAUGGCAAAGAUCCGUUUUACUCCGGCAAAGACUAUAUUGUACGAUUAGAAGACGUUGAAGAGUUUUAUGCAUUUAUAGAAGUGUGUUACAAAAAGUUGCUAUGUAACAUUGCACCAGGACGUCGUGAAAAAUGUGGCUUCAUACGAAUAAACAAUGAGUCUGUCGUACCUUAUUGUAUCAAGGAUAACCAAAAAUAUGUUCCUUUAUUCUACUUUGAAGGCGAAACAGACAAUUUAAGAUUACGUUCUGAAAAGUUAGAAAAUUGGAAUUUAGCGUACUUGAAAUUCUGUUGCAAAGUGCAAGGCAUAAGAAAUGAAUUGUUUGCCAGUGAUUCUUGCAUAGUAACCAGCUUAGAGGACAUAAAAAAUUAUUUUCCACCCGACACAAAUUUCGAAGAAUACUGGCCAGCUAAGGUCGUAGACACUCAGUUGCUUAAUAACCAGAAGGCUACGACCGUCAACCCACCAGGAGCAUGGACAAGGGCUCCACCACCGAUUCUCAGUAAAGUGGUUGCUUCCGAAAAAGUCCUCUCGCAUCCUGCUAUGCCUACACCUAAUGUGCCACCACAAAAUAUGUCAAUGCAAAACAACACUUAUCAAAACGGAUGGCCAAAUAAUCAAAUGGUAAAUUCUUAUGGCGCACAAGCUCAGACAACACGUAACUAUACUGCUGUUUCCAGAAACCAAAGUGCAGCAGCUCAAUAUUAUAACGUGGGUAAUCAAAUGUUACAAAACAAUGGCCAUAUGAAUGCGCAUAACCAACCACCACCAUUGGUCAGAGUUACAAACACAACCACUCCUGUUGUUGGAAAUCCUGUCUCAUACGCCAAUGCAUCCAUGAAUCAGCAAAUGACUACAAUGUAUAAUCAAAUGGUAAACAACAGUGCAAUGCCGACUAACGGCCAGAUUCGACAGUUCUUCAACAGUAGCCAACGUGGCCAAGGCCAGAUGAUAACUCCUCAAUCUUAUGGUCAACCGAUGCCAACAAGCGUUCCAAGCUCUCGAAUGUCAAACACACAACAACGCAACAAUAUGAGAAACAUUAAUCCGGCACCUGUACCUGUUCAGGCGUCUGAGAUCAUCGACUUGUCAUCACCGCCAUCCAGUCCAGCACCACCCUCUCAGCCUCCUGUGCAAGAUCAAAGCCGAGGGUGGGAAUUGAAAAAAAUCCCUGAUCGAGCUUGGGGGCACGAUUCACAAAAUAACGCUGCUUACAAAAUUCAAAAAGCUACUCUUCAAGGAAAAACAAUUCAUUGCAUUAACGCUAAACCAUAUAUAUAUUCCGAUCUCAUGGUGACCAUCCAGGAUUUAGUGCAAGCAAUAUUCCCUAUCUGCAGUGUUCAGAGAUGCUGUAUGCUAUUAUAUAAAGGCCUGAAAAUAGCAUUGUACAGCGGCAACAAUGAACAAUUGUCCGUGCUGCGAGAAAACGGUCGUUUGAAGAGUAUCUCUUACGCCGAUGAAAUUCCGUUAGCCAUGCUUAAUGAUAUAAUUGAAAAUCUUCAGCAACUCAAUCGUUUAAUCAAACAGGACGAACUGCACUUACAGCAACAGAGUGGACAACAAAAUAAACGGCAACGUCUCAGCUAGGAAUGGGUUGGGCCUGGCGGCAGCCGACCCACUUGGCCGAAAAUGGCAAUGGGAGGUGUUUAUCACAGUGGCGGAUGGUACACAGUUGCCGAUAGUAACGAUUGGCUAAAUGCUGCUGCAACUCAACAUGGUUAUCCACACAGUAGUAGCUGGCCACAACUGCCUCCGCCACCGCCUCCUUACCUAUAAUUUUGUGUGUUAUCCUUUAUUCCCUUUCCAACCCAAACGUAAAACUGACACAAGUCAUAUUGUAAUCCUUUCAUUAUGUAUAUAUUAUCAUAUUUAUUGACUUAUUAUUACGUUAUAGAUACUUAACACAUUCCCAGUAACAAAAUUACUUUCUAUGUAAUGGGGAUUAAAAAUGUUAACAAUUCUUUUUUGACUAUGUUUAUUAAAAAGAUUGUAACAAACUAAUUUUUUGGGUUUUUGUUCCUAUUUAUUUCUAAUAAAUAUUUAUACAUUAUGUAUGAUGUGUAUAAAGAAAGAAUGUAUUUUAAAUCUUCAUCGCCAAUGUCGUUUACUUAUUGUUAUUAU